UGGAUCUUGAAACGGUUGUUGAAGUGUUUGCUGUGAUUUUGCCUGUAAUAUUUUAGCGUUGGAAUAUUAGUUUGCGAUAUUACUGUUGCCAAAAGAAUGAGGCGAAGAAGCAGCAGUAGUACCGCAAAGUGCACGCCAAGAAGGCGUAACGACAGCUUGGGUUUUGACGAAUUUGGUUUUGCCCUGAGUAAGAAAAAAGAACAAAAACUGCAACAUAGAAGUCAUGACUACAGCUACCCGCAACCAAACACUGUUAGGGUGAAGGAGUUGUGCGAACUUCUCAGCUACUGGAACGGGUCCAGCUUCAUUUGCAGGAACCAGAUUGAACGCUUUAUCAGAAUUGGGAUCCCUCCAGCUCUCCGAGGACAAGUGUGGAAGUGUCUCUUGAACACCCAUACCCUCAGGGAAACCAGCUCUUUCAGUUACCAGAGAUGCCUGAGAGAGAUCCGGGAGCCGCUCGUAGACCUGGGAGUGAGCGAGUACAGCAUCCUGUCGGCCAUCGCCACCCUGAACGAGACGGAGAACGAGAUGGGCACGACCCCCUCCCCCCCGCAGCCCCCCGAGGCCUCCGUGCUCUCCUGCAGCGACGUGGCCAUCUUCCGCCAGAUAGCGCUGGACCUCCAGAGGUCAUUUCCGACGCACCGCUCCCUCAUGGGGGAAUCUGCAGAGGCCAUCGAAGGCCAGGCCAAGCUCUUUAGAGUCCUCACUGCCUACGCCCGCUACAACCCGCACAUCGGAUACAGCCAAGGAAUGUCAUACAUCGCCGCUGUGCUUCUGAUGAACCUGACUGAAGAGGAGGCUUUCUGGGCUCUAGUCGCUCUGUUAGAGACGCCUAAAUACCUGUCAGGCCUGUUUGACCACUCAAUGGACAGAAUCCAACACCAGGCGAGGGUCUUCCACCAGCUCCUGAAGCACAGGAAACCCCUGCUGUCCCAGCACAUAGAGGAUUUGGGCGUGUCGUCCCUGCACUACGUCAUGCCGUGGUUCCUGACCCUCUUCACCUCCCUGCCCUGCUGGGACUCUGUGCUGGCCGUGUGGGAUGUCAUCAUGCUGCAGGGUCUGUCGGCUGUGUUCCGGGUGGGCCUGGCCCUCCUCCAGCUACUGGAGCCCCGCCUGCUGCAGAUGACGGAUGAGGCCCUGCUGCUGCCCACCCUGCUGCGUGUGCCUGUUGAAGUCUCUCAGCACUGUGUGCUGCUCCCUGCUCUGUGGGGUAUGGAGGUGCACGAGUGGGAGAUCGACUGCAUGAAUGGCCUGGUGCUGGAGGAGGCCAGUGCGGGACACCACCAGCAAGGAACAGAAAACGUCCCGUUGACGCAGCAGCCGAACACAGAAGACGUGAGGACGGGGAAAGACCCCCUCGCUCCGGCGCCUGCAGAGGACGCGAAGAAGCCUGCGAAGAAAGAGAUGGGAGGAGGCGCUAAGAAUGUGUUCAGCCGCAUUCUGCGCGUAGCCCGUCGCCUCCUGGGGGAGGUGGGCGGGGGGCAGAGCACCGAGAGCCAGCCGUCCCCCCAGAAAUCCAGCCCCUCAACGGGCCGCCCCCCCAGGGCGAGAACCUCCUCCUCCCUCACACGCGUGCAGAUAAGGUCUCGGAAGAAGAGCCAGAAGGGGACGUUCCAGCGCUCUGCGGCGGGGCGAAGCAGGAAGGCUGCGCUCCCCUCUCAGGAUGCGGACGGAGGGGAGACAGACGCAGGGACGGAGGCAGCUCUGAAGAGGAGGAGCUCGGGUCCUGUGGGGCGGGUGGCCCGGCGCAGGGGCAGCCAUCACCCCCCGAGGGGCAGGUCCCUGCGCCUGCUCCGCUCCGGGACCCGCCCCGCCCCGGCCCCCGGCCCCAGCACCCCGCCCCCCGACAUAAACGACUCGCCACGGACAUCGCCCGUCAGGGGGCCGUCGCCUCAACACCGCACGUCAGACCACACAAUCCACGUCCCCGAGAACGUCCGAGAGUCGCAACUCAUCUGAGAGCGUGAGAAGCUCGGUCUCCAGGGACCGUUUCACCAUUCACAGUCCAGCAAGAACAACCCCAGCCAGGCAACCAGCACUGCCCAAUAUCACAUUAAUGUCGCAUGACGUGUUGUGAUCUUGUUUCGGUACUUGCAUCAAAUUAGCUUGUAUAAGCUUCUCUCUUCCACAACAGUUAGGUCAUUCGCUUGCGAAUGAUUCCUACAUUUGUGUAUCAACGUAAUUAUCUUAUAAAAUGCUCUGUGACUGUGUUGUGUUGAUGACUGGCGCAUUGUUAUAGUAUUCUUUAAAUGAAGUGACCUGGUUUCCAUACAGUUGUCUGUCCUGGUUAGGCAGUCAAAGCGGAAGUAACAUUACGUGUUUUCGUAAUUACAGCAUAAUUGAGCGUUAACCAAAGGUGUGACGCCCCCAGAAAUGGUAUCUUAUCAUUAGUGUGUCAUGUAGGACCUUCCAGGCUGCUGAAGGCUAUUUCUAGAAAGAUAUGCAACAUUUAUAUGCACUUCCUCUAUGCACUUCCUUUACAGAAGGCACUGAAGGCUCAUUCUAAAGUUGCCAUUUUGGAACAGAAGACUGCCUUAGUAUAGCUUUCGCCGUUGUUUUUAUCUCCAGAAAGCAGAAAUAAAUUAACUUAAUUGUGUUUUGUACUUUGUUAACCUAUUUGUGCAAAUGUCUGUUUUUUAUCUUCUUUUUUUUUCUAGUUGGUUUGGAAUAAUAAAAUAUUUACACAUA